AGGGUUAUGGUUCUCCCGCAUAACCUGUGUGCGCAUGUCCAAAAUGCCUUCCGUGCCAGACAUCGACACAUAGCGGUCUCGCACACAACGCAGAACCUUGGAAUCCUCUCUAUACUUCUCCGCUCUGGCUUCCUCCUCUCGCUUACCCGCGGUACCGUCCAACUGCCAUCACCAGAAGCUUUCCUGACCGUCGGUGACGCUAACCGACGGAUAUGGGCGGACUUGAAGUAUCGCGAUGACCGGCCGGUCCUCAAUGACAUGGAGCUCAUCAGCAUGCCCAGCAAGCCGAUCUUCAUGGACGUCAGCGAAAUUCGUCGGUUAUGCUCAGGACGACGCGCGCAGACGAUCAAGCCUCUGCGCAUGGGCGAAAUCGCAGUUGUGCAUACCAAAAAUCCGGAGUACGAGUGGCUUGAGGCGAGGGAAGCACUCCAACUUGGCCUGGGUGGUGAGGUGAUCUGUCGGGCUCGGUGAUACUGCUAGAUAUGGGUCUUCGUGUAAUUUAUCCACUCCCACCCUGAUGCGCCAGGAUUUUAUAUGACCGCUAGUAAUUAAGCCAGCUUUUGCUGCACUGUCUCAGCCGAGCUGCGUACGGAGCGUUGCUUUAUUUGCAAGUCGUAAUCUACAGGCGCGCUCUCUCAACACAAUUGUUCCAUCGCUGGAUAUAAAGCCUCCACGUUUACAAUUACAACAUAUUACAAACC